AUGUCUUUGCUGGUAGUAGACGCUGUUGAAGUAAAUAGUUAUGUGAAUAACUAUAAUAGUGUGAUUCUCAAUACUAUUUUGAUAUCAUUGGGAAAACAUAAGAAUUCUUUACAGGAAGAUGCAUUAAUCCAAUUUAUGGAAAAUCAUUCUGAUAUAGCCAGGGGUUUCACAAAAUGCAACAAAUUAGAUGUAGAAAAUUUAUGGAUUGAUUUAACUACUAAUUUGAAUAGCUUUGGACCGCCAAUCCAUGAUACAAAUGGUUGGAAGAAAGUAUGGCGUGAUUGGAAGGCUUGUACUAAGAAAAAAAUUACAACCAACAAAAAAGAAGCGAUAGCAACAGGAGGGGGACCACAUAACCAAAUAUACAUAUCUAAAAAGGAAGAGAUAAUUGGUCAGCUUUGUGGACUGUACUCUUUAGCUGAUGGAGUACAGAACUCCAUAUCUAUAAUUGGAUCGGAUUUAUUGUCAUCUGAUGACGAGAUUACUCCAACAAGUAGACCGGACAAACGAAAAGUGGAAGAUGACAUAACAUGUGAUAAACCUAGUACUUCUAAACGGGCAUCUAAAAGAAAUGAUGAAGAUGUAAAAGAAAGCCUUAAAGGAUAUAUUCAAGAUGAUAUAAAAAAUGGAAAAGAGCUGUCCGAUUCUUUUAAAAUGCUUGUUGAAGUAUGCCAAAAAAGUGAUGAUAAAUUGCAUAUUAUAGGAAGUAAUACAAGACGUGUUUAUAAAUCUAUAGAAAAUUUAACAACAAAUAUAACAAAUGAAAUUAAAAGGCAUAAUCAACAAAUGGAAAAGGCUGCUUUUGAAAAAAAUAAUCUUAAAAAGAUGGACUUGGAAAUAAAAGAAAAACAAUUAGAGUUAGAACUUCUAAAAUACCAGAAAAAAUAG